UCUUUUCCUUUGAGCUUGCUAUAGGACAUUUGCACGAGCGCGCGUGUGUAUAAUUAGGCACGUAUUCCAGUUUGAGUAAGGGUGAGAGUUGCUGUUCCAAACCGUGCUGCCCUCGGUUGUGCAGCCGUGAUCCAGAAGAAGGGAACUUGUGCCUUCAACUUGUUGCUCCAGAGGUGACAUGUAUUUUCUUUAUCUCAGAUAGUAUUUUCUCAUAGCUCAAUAACAACUUUUUGCUGAUCGCGAUUUCUCACGAUGUCUGACGAGGGAGAGGAAAGCGACAGCUCUAGUUCAUCGCAGCUUCGGUGUUCUCCCUCCCCAUCUCCACCCGGUACCCCCGAAACCCACUUUCGUCCACUGCCAUCGGACUUCUCAUCCAGCCCCCCGGUGCUUCGAGACCCAUCCUCGGGUAAUCAGGAGUGUCUCCAUCCUUCUCCAGAGAUCUCCGAUCCCGGGGACUCCCCGAGCUUUACUCCGCUAAAGUUCACCCAGCGCUUUACGAAGACAGGCUCUCAGUUCCGCCAGAGACAGAAUGCGCGCCUAGCUGCUGCCGCGGACAACGGGCGCGAUGCCCCCUCUCCAAAAAACGGAGGAGACAAAGACACAUCGGCAACGUUCCAGGACCGAAGAGAGCGACUCCCCCGCGGACAGUGCUCGGAAGAUUUCGGGAACCACUGCGCGAAUGAGCUCCUAGAGCCGCAUCGAGACAGUUGCGAGAACCAGCCACCAUUGGAGGCCAUGCACCGGAGACACACCACCCUCCGGGAGAAGGGGCGUCGACAGGCUGUGCGAGGCCCCGCCUACAUGUUUAAUGAACGUGGCUCAGCACUGACCCCCGAAGAGGAGAGUUUCCUGGAUGCCGCCGAGUAUGGCAACAUCCCUGUCGUUCGAAAGAUGCUGGAGGAGUCCAAGACCCUCAAUGUCAACUGUGUGGACUACAUGGGCCAGAAUGCAUUGCAGCUGGCAGUUGGAAACGAGCACCUGGAAGUAACCGAGCUGUUGCUAAAGAAGGAGGGGCUAGCCAGAGUCGGCGACGGGCUCUUAUUGGCUAUCUCCAAAGGGUACGUGCGUAUCGUGGAAGCCAUUUUGGCCAAUCCGGCAUUCAGCCAGGAGCUACGGCUCACCAUGAGUCCCCUGGAACAGGAGCUGAGAGAUGACGAUUUCUACGCCUACGAUGAAGACGGGACGCGCUUCUCCCAUGACGUCACCCCGAUCAUCCUGGCCGCACACUGCCAGGAGUAUGAGAUUGUCCACAUUCUGCUGACCAAGGGGGCUCGCAUUGAGAGGCCCCACGACUACUUCUGUAAGUGCAAUGACUGUGCUGAGAAUCAAAGGAGAGACUCGUUCAGCCACUCUCGCUCCAGGAUGAAUGCCUACAAAGGCCUGGCCAGUGCUGCCUACCUGUCUCUGUCUAGUGAAGACCCAGUCCUCACUGCUCUGGAAUUCAGCAACGAACUAGCCAGACUGGCUAACAUUGAGACUGAGUUUAAGAACGACUACAGGAAGUUGUCCAUGCAGUGUAAGGACUUUGUGGUGGGUGUUCUGGACCAGUGUAGAGACACUGAGGAGGUGGAGGCCAUCCUGAAUGGAGACGUGGACAACGCCCCGCCCAGCGACAACAACCGGCCCUGCCUGGAACGUGUCAAACUUGCCAUUAAAUACGAGGUGAAGAAGUUUGUGGCCCAUCCUAACUGCCAGCAGCAGCUACUGACCAUCUGGUAUGAGAACCUGUCCGGUCUGAGGCAGCAGUCCAUCGGGGUCAAGUGUUGGACCGUGCUCGGGGUCACCGUGGGACUGCCCUUCCUGGCUUUGGCUUACUGGAUCAUGCCCUGUAGUAAGCUGGGUCAGAUCCUGAGAAGUCCCUUCAUGAAGUUUGUGGCACAUGCCGUGUCCUUCACUAUUUUCCUGGGCCUGCUGGUCAUCAAUGCCUCAGACCGCUUUGACGGAGUCAAGAACCUACCCAAUGAGACCAUCACUGAUCACCCUCGCCAGGUGUUCCGUGUCAAGACCACCCAGUUCUCCUGGACAGAGAUGCUCAUCAUGAAAUGGGUUCUGGGUAUGAUCUGGUCGGAAGUGAAGGAGAUCUGGGUGGAUGGUCCCAGAGAGUACGCGAUGCACCUGUGGAACGUGCUGGACUUCGGCAUGCUGUCCAUCUUUGUGGCUUCGUUCACUGCUCGGUUCAUGGCCUUUCUCAAGGCCUCCAAGGCCCAGCAGUAUGUGGAUCAGUAUGUGUCCAGUGAAGACAUCCACAACGCGUCACUACCUUCUGAGGUGGCCUACUACACCUAUGCCAGGAAUAAGUGGCGUCCAUCUGACCCCCAGAUCAUCUCAGAAGGUCUGUAUGCCAUCGCAGUGGUGUUGAGUUUCUCUCGCAUUGCUUACAUCCUGCCGGCUAACGAGAGCUUCGGCCCGCUCCAGAUCUCCCUGGGCCGGACGGUCAAAGACAUCUUUAAGUUCAUGGUCAUCUUCAUCAUGGUCUUUGUGGCCUUCAUGAUCGGCAUGUUCAAUCUCUACUCCUACUACCUGGGAGCCAAGUACAACCCUGCCUUCACCACGGUGGAGGAAAGCUUUAAAACUCUGUUCUGGUCCAUCUUCGGUCUUUCGGAGGUGAUCUCGGUGGUUCUGAAGUAUGACCAUAAGUUCAUAGAGAACAUUGGUUAUGUGCUUUAUGGGGUCUAUAAUGUGACCAUGGUGGUGGUUCUACUCAACAUGCUCAUCGCGAUGAUCAACAGCUCCUACCAGGAGAUAGAGACAGAUGCGGAUGUGGAGUGGAAGUUCGCCCGUGCCAAACUGUGGAUGUCCUAUUUUGACGAGGGGCGUACACUGCCAGCCCCCUUCAACCUGGUGCCCUCCCCCAAGUCCUUCUACUACCUGAUCCUCCGUUCCAAGGCCUGUCUUGUUCACCUCUGCAAGGUCAAGGGACGACGCCAUGACAACGAGCUGGAGAUGGGCAUGCUCAAUUCGCAGCUCAAGGGGGAAAGCAACAGAGUUCAUGGUAGACUACGGGACGAGUCCGCUGUCAGGAAGCCCAUCAAACAUCCCACCAGAUACCAGAAGAUCAUGAAGCGUCUAAUUAAGCGCUACGUACUGAAGGCUCAGGUUGACAGAGAGAACGAUGAAGUCAAUGAAGGAGAGCUGAAGGAGAUCAAGCAGGACAUCUCCAGCCUGCGUUACGAGCUCCUGGAGGAGAAGUCUCAGACCACAGGGGAGCUGGCUGACCUUAUCACACAACUUAGUGACAAGUUUGGCAAGAACACCACCAAAAGACCCUGAGAAUGGCACAUGGCAGGAGGGGUAGAAAAGUGUUGAUGGAACUGGUGGGAGGAAGGAGAUUGAGAGAUGGGAAGUGUUACUAGGGAGAAGAGAGAGGUAGAAGAGAGCAUGCAGGCAGAGGAAGGAAACAACAGAAAAUAGAGGAAUAGAGAAAGGAA